AUGGCACCGGCGGCCCCGAUCAUCCCCGCCGCCCUCGGCGGCCUACAAAAGCUCGCCGCCGCGCCCUGGAACCCUAGCCCCCACUCUCCCCCUUCCCCGUGCUCUCCCACGCCUCCCCCAGACCUAACCCUAACUCGCAGGAACGGCCGGACUCCGGCUCGAUUCGCCGCCGGCGAGGCUCCCCGGCCAUCGCCGACCACACCCUCGUGCUCGCGGUGCGCUGCUGCACCUGCUGAUGCCCUCGCCUCGCUCCCUCUCCCUCUCUAUAGCCGCCGCGCCGUAGCACCUGCCCCGGCCGCCGUCGAGCUUCGUCUCCGGCGAAGCUCCGGCGACCAAUCCGAGGCGGCGCCGCCACCAAACGGCUCGCCAUGUCGCCCCGCGCCGUUUGCCCCCUCGCACGCGCUCGAUUACUACCUGAAUCGCCCAAUUGCAGCAGCACCCGAGCUCACAGAGAGCAAUGGCGCCGCUGAUGUCAGCAUGACGUCAGCGUGA